UUAUUAUUUUAGCAUCACGGCAGCAGGUUUCUGCUAAGUCUGGAGUUACUCUUGUCAUCACAACUGUAUGCCUGCGCGUUGUAGGUAAAAUCCAGGGCUCUGCAGCACAAGGAGUCUGCAUGUCUAGCCUUUAGACAUGCUCAGCUUUGUGGAUAAUCGGAUUGCGUUGCUGCUUGCAGUAACUUUCCUAGCAACAUGUCAAUUCGCGCAGGGGCUUGAAGGACCACAGGGUCCCCAGGGAGAUAAAGGUCCCCAGGGAGACAGGGGUCCCCAAGGUCCAAACGGCAGAGAUGGCGACCCUGGUCUACCCGGCCCUCCUGGCCCACCUGGUCCCCCUGGCCUUGGUGGAAACUUUGCUGCUCAGUAUGAUUCAUCCAAAUCGGCUGAUCCUGGACCUGGACCCAUGGGCCUAAUGGGAGCAAGAGGACCCUCUGGACCACCUGGACCACCUGGUAGCCAAGGUUUCCAAGGACAUGCUGGAGAGCCUGGUGAACCCGGACAAACUGGCCCACAAGGUUCUCGUGGCCCCGCUGGACCUCCUGGCAAGCAAGGUGAAGAUGGUAGCCCUGGCAAAUCUGGAAAGCCCGGCGAUCGUGGACCUCCUGGUGCACAAGGUGCUCGUGGUUUCCCUGGAACUCCAGGACUGCCUGGCAUGAAAGGACACAGAGGAUACACUGGUCUGGAUGGUCGCAAGGGUGAAGCUGGUGCUGCUGGCCCUAAGGGUGAACCUGGCUCAAAUGGAGAAAAUGGAACACCUGGCCAACUGGGAGCACGUGGUCUUCCAGGAGAAAGAGGGCGUGUUGGUCCAUCUGGCCCUGCUGGUGCUCGUGGUAGUGAUGGUAAUGCUGGUCCUGCUGGCUCUGCUGGUCCUAUUGGUUCUGCUGGUCCUCCAGGCUUCCCUGGUGCUCCUGGCCAAAAGGGAGAUGUUGGCCCUGUUGGACCCCAAGGACCUGCUGGAGCACAAGGUGCAAGAGGAGAGGCAGGCCCAGCCGGUGUUGUUGGCCCUGCUGGCCCUGUUGGUAACCCUGGUAACAAUGGCUUGAAUGGUGCUAAAGGUGCUGCUGGUCUCCCUGGUGUUGCUGGUGCUCCCGGAUUUCCAGGUCCCAGAGGUGGUCCUGGACCCCAAGGUCCUGCUGGAUCUGCAGGUCCAAGAGGCAACAGUGGUGAACCUGGCCCAUCUGGUCCUAAGGGUGAGACUGGUUCCAAGGGUGAGCCUGGCAAUGCUGGUCCCCCUGGUGCCCCAGGUCCCUCUGGUGAAGAAGGCAAGAGAGGUCCAACUGGUGAGGCUGGCCCAUCAGGCCCAGCUGGUAACCGUGGUGAGCGAGGUACCCCUGGAACUCGAGGUGUCCCUGGACCUGACGGCAGAGGUGGACCUAUUGGUCUUCCUGGAAGCCGUGGUGCCACUGGAGCAGCUGGAGCAAGAGGACCCUCUGGUGAUGCAGGGCGUCCUGGUGAGGCUGGUCUUCCUGGUGCACGUGGUCUUCCUGGUAGCUCUGGCAACUCUGGACCACAAGGAAAAGAAGGACCUGCUGGUCCCGCUGGUCAAGAUGGUCGCACUGGUGCCCCUGGCCCAGCUGGACCAAGAGGUCAGCCUGGCAACAUAGGAUUCCCUGGCCCUAAAGGACCUGCUGGAGAGCCUGGUAAACCUGGUGAGAGAGGUGCAACUGGUCCUGCUGGCGCAAGGGGAGCUCCCGGACCCGAUGGAAAUAAUGGUGCACAAGGACCUCCUGGCCCUACUGGCAACAGUGGUGAACGAGGAGAACAAGGAGCAGCUGGAGCUCCCGGGUUCCAGGGUCUUCCUGGUCCUGCUGGUCCCCCUGGUGAGGCUGGUAAAGUUGGUGACAGGGGUAUUCCUGGUGAGCCUGGUAUAUCUGGUCCUGCUGGUGCAAGGGGUGAACGUGGCAAUCCAGGUCCUGCUGGUUCUCAAGGUCCUCAAGGCGCUAUUGGUGCUCGUGGUGCUUCUGGUGCUCCUGGCCCUGAUGGCAACAAAGGUGAACCCGGUAUUGGUGGUCCUGCUGGUCCUGCUGGUCCCCAAGGUCCUUCUGGUAUGCCAGGUGAGCGUGGUGGUGCUGGCACUCCUGGACCUAAAGGUGAAAAGGGAGAAACUGGCCCAAGAGGCCCCGAUGGUAACCAAGGAAGAGAUGGCCCACGUGGAGCUCCUGGAGCCAGUGGUCCACCUGGACCAGCUGGUGCUAAUGGUGACAAGGGUGAAUCUGGUUCCAGUGGUCCUGCUGGCCCUGCUGGACCCCGUGGUCCUUCUGGGGAACGUGGUGAAUCUGGCCCAGUUGGUCCUCCUGGAUUUGCUGGUCCUCCUGGUGCUGAUGGACAAGCUGGCGCUAGAGGCGAUAGAGGCCCUACUGGACCUAAAGGAGAGGCUGGUGCUCAGGGUUCUGCUGGUCCUGUUGGUGCUCCCGGACCUGCUGGUCCUUCUGGUCCAGGAGGUCCAACUGGUGCUCGUGGUGAAGUUGGUAGUGCUGGUGCAACUGGUGGUCCUGGUGCAGCUGGAAGAGUUGGCCCACAAGGUCCUCCUGGAAUCGGUGGACCCCCUGGUCCUGCUGGUGCAGCUGGCAAAGAUGGACCCAGAGGUGCUCGUGGUGACAGCGGCCCAGCUGGACGCCCUGGUGAGCAAGGCAUUGCUGGUCCCCCUGGUGCCCCUGGUGAGAGAGGCCCAUCUGGUGAAACUGGCCCUGCUGGUGCACCUGGAGUUCCAGGACCUCAGGGUAUGCUUGGUUCCCCUGGUAUUGUCGGUCUUCCUGGAUCAAGAGGUGAUCGUGGUCUUCCUGGUGGCCCUGGUGCACCUGGUGAGGCUGGAAAAUUAGGCCCUGCUGGUCCCUCCGGACAACGUGGCCCUGCUGGUGGAAUUGGACCUGCUGGUUUGACUGGCCCAGCUGGUGAGGCUGGACGCGAUGGAAACCCUGGAAAUGAUGGUCCUCCUGGUCGCCCUGGUGCUGCUGGUGCAAAGGGAGAUCGUGGAGAGCCAGGAUCUCCUGGUCAUUCUGGAUCAGCUGGUGCCCAUGGUGCCCCAGGACCUGCCGGCCCAUCUGGCAGAGUUGGAAAUCGUGGAGAGCCUGGUCCAUCAGGUCCUGCUGGUUCUGUUGGCCCUGCUGGCGCAAGAGGUGCUCCUGGUCCACAAGGUCCCCGUGGAGAGAAAGGUGUUGCUGGAGAUAAAGGUGAAAGAGGAAUGAAAGGACGCCCUGGCCACCAAGGUCUCCAAGGUCUGCCUGGUCCACAAGGUGCCAAUGGUGACCAAGGUUCUGCAGGUCCAGCUGGUCCUGCUGGCCCAAGAGGUCCCGCUGGUCCCUCUGGCCCAUCUGGCAAAGAUGGUCAAAAUGGACACCCUGGAGUAAUUGGUCCACCUGGUUCUCGUGGUCCUCCUGGUCACAUUGGGCCAGCUGGUCCCCCUGGUCUUCCUGGACCCGCUGGUAUUGCUGGUGCUCCUGGUGGUGGUUACGAAAUUUCUGGACUUGAGGGAGACUACAGAGCUGAUCAAGCUGCCCUUAGGGCCAAGGACUAUGAAGUUGAUGCCACUCUGAAAUCUCUGAACACCCAGAUUGAGAACCUUCUCACUCCAGAGGGCUCUAGAAAGAAUCCAGCUCGUACCUGCCGUGACAUCAGGCUUAGUCACCCAGACUGGACUAGCGGCUACUAUUGGAUUGACCCCAACCAAGGCUGCACUAUGGAUGCCAUCCAGGUCCACUGUGACUUCACAACUGGAGAGACCUGCAUCUACCCCAACCCUGCCAGCUUCCCAAGAAAGAACUGGUACAGAAGUGACAAGGAUAAGAAGCAUGUAUGGUUUGGCGAGAACAUCAAUGGUGGCAUUCAGUUUGAAUACAAUGAUGACAGCAUAAGUCCUCAGUCAAUGGCAACCCAACUUGCCUUCAUGCGCCUUCUUGCAAAUCAUGCCUCUCAAAACAUCACCUACCACUGCAAGAACAGCAUUGCCUACAUGGAUGAAGAAGCUGGAAACCUGAAGAAGGCUGUCUUGCUGCAGGGUUCUAAUGAUGUUGAGCUCAGGGCUGAGGGUAACAGCCGCUUUACAUUCAGCGUGCUGGAAGAUGGCUGCACUAGACAAACUGGCCAGUGGGGUAAGACCGUCAUUGAAUACAGAACAUCAAAACCAUCUCGUCUUCCAAUCCUUGACAUUGCACCUUUGGACAUUGGCGGAGAUGAUCAAGAAUUUGGUUUGGACAUUGGCCCAGUCUGUUUCAAAUAAAUAGACUCAUGAUAAAUUAAAACCAACACAAAGUCUCUUUGCCAUUUCUGUUUUUAUACUGAAUGCUGACCCCCUUUAUUUCUUCUGCUCAUCCACUUGCUUAAGCUCUGGGCCUACAGAGGAGACUAUGGACUGAACGGAGCAUUGUGCAAUGCGGUUUAAUACAGACUCCAAGAGACAUGGAAAUCACCUUGUUAUGGGACAUGACAGCAUUUGUAAAAUAAAAAAGUGAAAUAAAAACAAUGAAAGUAUGCACCAUUUGUGGUCUUUCUAUAUCUUCCAGAGAGGAAGUUUAAAACCACAACUUCCAACGGUUUAAACUACCUCAUAUACAGUACUUUGAGGAUUCGGAUCAGGUUUUCAAUCAAGAAACGGAAUUCUUUAAUCCAUUAAAGAGGUGCUAACUGCAGUAUUAAACAGCUUAAAUACUUGAAGCGGUUACAUGGUGCUAUUCCCUUGUUGCGUUCAAAAUGAGCAGCUCAGAAGCAAACCACUUUACUGUGUUAAUCUGUGUUGUAUUUAAGGCACAAUCCUGAACAGUUCUCUUGUAAUCCCCGUAUUAAGCAUGUGGAUCAAUCUUCAGCCCUUUUCUUUUCUUUUCUUCAAUCCCGGUGUUCAUGCUUUAAGCACAUUUGGUCCAUUCAAAUGGGUAAAGGAGGCAUCUAUCUCAAAAAAAAAAAUUAUUUGUACCUAUUUUGUAUAUGUGAGAUGUUUAAAUAAAUUGUGAAAAGUUCUGAAAUAAAGCAUGUCCAAUGUUCCAAAACA